CAGACCCGAACAGACUUUUCCUGGGAUGGCAUCAAUCUGUCGAUGGAAGACACAACAUCGAUCCUUCCUCGGUUGAAGAGACACUCUAAUGCUUACGGAAUUGGUGCUCUAGCCAAAUCUUCGGUCAAAGGUAUCUCUCGAACGAUGAAGGAUCACGUCACCAAACCCACGGCAAUUGGCUCAGGAAGAGUUGCUCAUAUGAUAGAAUGGCAAAGCUGGGGUCAGCCGCCACCGCCGACCAAUGAGAGCGUCAGGAUGGACAGCGACGCUUAUUCUGACUUGAGCGAUGGGGAGAAGGAAGCACGGUUCCUGGCUGGUGUCAUGCAGCAAUUUGCUAUCUCUGAGGCAAACGUUAAUGGCAUGGUCAUCGAUGGAUGGAGAAGAGGAGAGCGUCAAUUCUAACCAGGAAAGGCAAAGUGAAACUUACCAGGAGCUGCUGGAAAAUCAGGAUAACCUUGCACAGGCGCAUUCAGAAUGUUGGCCACACUCUUAUGUGUCCCAAGGACUGUACUGCCUCGGCUCCUCGGAGGCGUGGGCUAGCAGCGAGCAGUCUCUCACAGUGUCCCCGGCGCCCACAGGAGGAUGCGGCAUCAUAAACCCCGGACCUGAGCUGGAAGAGAGACCGCUUGAGAAUAUCUGUGAGAUUUCCCCUCAGUUGCUGCACUCUAAAAUAUCCCCCUUAGAAGAAGAUGACGUUGUGUGUCACGAUCUGCAGUCCCUGUCUCCACCAAGAGAGGAAUUUGACAGCCCCCCGCACAGCCGGAAGGUGUCAGAUGUGGCAACGUCUGGGGUGCAGUCUGGGGAGGAGGAGGAAGAACGAGAAGUGGAGAACUAA